UGCAGACAACAGCGCCUUACGGAUUUUAAAAUAAUGAAAAUUUGGAUCACUGGUUGCCGUAAUAUAAUAUUAGUAGGAAUUUCCUUAUGUAUCGUGAAUCUGAUUGCAAGUGAAGAUUUACCUGAAGAACCAAAUGGUCCGAUUGAACCGAAAGAGGAGGUUGAAAGCGUUACACCUAGCAGCAGUAGUAAUGCUAAUGAUGUUAGUAUCAGUGCUCUUGAUGAGACAAAAUGUAUGAAAAGUCGGAACGGCUGCUGUGACGAACUUUUCAUAGGUGAUGAACAAAGUUUAAUGAAAUGCUUCGCACUACAUCAGAGUAAAAUGCCGAAAGAUAAUGAAAAUGAUCCAGCAAAAUUAAUGAAGUUCUUGUCGGUAUGUAAGUCCCCAUCAUAG